CGGGUGUGCAAUUCCAGGAUUUAGAACAAAGACUUGCUUGUUUCAUUAAUCCGGAGUGUAAGUGUCGGUAUGUAGAGAGGGCAGAGCGAAGGCAAUGCAGCUGAACUCUCAUGGGUGUCCGCAACGCGUAAAAGGAGCGCACAUGUGGGCUCUGUCGCCUCUCCUGCAGGGCAGCGGUGAUGCCGAAUCGACUAUAAAAGAGCGUCCAAGAUGCCACUGAUCAGUCAUUCAUGCACUCGCUGCCAGCGCUCUCCAGGACAUCGCCUCCGCGCGUGCUGUGCCGGGUGUGCAGCGCUAAACCUCCGCUCUCCGACACAUACAGCCGCGCUGUUAACAGGCUUCACGCCGCAUUUCUCGCGGAUUUCUUGCCGCUGUGCUUCAACCAUGCGCGUCAGCUAAAGAAGAUUUCAACCCAGAAACUAUGUCAAAGAAGAGUCCCGGCGCGCACAGGAUGCUCCGAAGCGCAAAGAAGUGAGCGCGACUUUCCAGGAGACACUCCUCGUAAAGUUUUUGAGGAAAAAAACAAACCGGAUUUUUUCUCACCGAGCAGACAGGGUGCACUCUGGUUAUGGACUAUGGAUACUUUAAGCCUCUCAGUGAACGCGGUGUCUUACACUGUAGCGGCUGAUCUCUCCCCCACUGAUGACCCAUUUACUGGACCAAUCAAGAAUAUCGCACCCUGGAACUUUACUGUCCUAGCCGUGCUCAUGUUUGUGGUCACCUCGCUGUCUCUGAGCGAAAACUUCCUUGUCAUGUUCGUCACUUUUAAAUUCAAACAGCUCAGACAGCCGCUGAACUACAUCAUAGUAAACCUGGCCAUCGCGGACUUUCUGGUCUCGCUCACCGGCGGAGUAAUAAGUUUCCUGACAAACGCCAGGGGUUACUUCUUUCUGGGGAGGUGGGCUUGUGUCCUGGAGGGGUUUGCGGUUACUUUUUUCGGGAUCGUUGCCUUGUGGUCGCUUGCUGUUCUAUCCUUUGAGCGUUUCUUCGUAAUCUGCCGACCUCUUGGAAACAUCCGACUGCAAGCCAAGCAUGCCAUCCUGGGUCUCCUGUUUGUCUGGACGUUCUCCUUCAUCUGGACCUUCCCUCCGGUUCUGGGCUGGAACAGAUACACUGUGAGCAAGAUCGGAACCACCUGUGAGCCUGACUGGUAUUCGACCAAUAUGAAGGACCACACCUACAUCAUCACCUUCUUCACCACCUGUUUCAUCCUGCCCCUGGGGUUAAUAUUCUUCUGUUAUGGAAAACUCCUACGGAAGCUCAGGAAGGUGUCUCAUGGUCGUCUGGCCACAGCCAGGAAGCCGGAGCGACAGGUGACCCGUAUGGUGGUGGUGAUGAUCGUAGCAUUCAUGGUGGGCUGGACGCCGUACGCAGCCUUCUCCAUACUGGUCACAGCUUAUCCGACCAUCGAACUCGACCCCCGGCUGGCCUCCAUCCCCGCCUUCUUCUCCAAAACAGCUGCUGUGUAUAACCCCAUCAUCUACGUCUUCAUGAACAAGCAGUUCAGGAAGUGCCUUAUCCAGCUCUUCGCUGGCAUCGGGAACAUCCCGGACAGCCACCUGAACCAAACCUCAGAGCGACCCGGAAUAACAGCUGAGAGUCAAACAGGAGAAAUGUCCGCCAUAGCAGCACGUAUCCCUUUGAGUGGCACUGCAUCGGCCAGGUCGGACGAUUCUCCAACCGACUGCGGCUCGUUUGCCCAACUGCCCAUCCCAGAGAACAAAGUGUGCCCCAUGUAACAGUGAACCUAAUCCUGACAGGUGUCUUCAUACUGUCGGUGAACCAUCUCUUAUCCAAGGACAGGGUUACAAAGACUAUUCUUGCCGAUACGCAGGAAGUUAAACGAGAAACUGAGUAUGUUUCUGAGGAGUUUUCAUAGUGUAUGAUCUGUGAACUUAUUUUGUAUUUCACUCGCAAAAGUAGUGAAAACAGUCACUUAAGAUCAAAACUUGGAAACACUGGACUCGGGUAUGUUACAGUUUUUGUGAUUAAAGAAAGAACAGCAGAAGAGAAAUGAAGGACCUGUCCAGACAGAAGUGGAUUUUGUAAAUACUUGCCCUCUGGAUGCACUCUCUUGUUGUUGAAGAUUAUCUCUGAUGUUUCAUUGAGCGUCACAGUACACCUGCUAGUUUUCCACAUUACUGAGGACUGGAAUUAUGGUAUUUUAAUCCUGGGCCAUAUUUUUUUUUUUUUACAUAUUUUGGUGUUAAAAAUGUACAAGUACGUACAAAAGUUUAGAAAUUGCUUAAGCACAAGGCAGGCUUUAAUGAAUGUGAGCUGAUCCUUGGGGGGAAAUGCACCAAAUUAGAUGACAUCAUAGUUCCUGUGUCCACUGCGUUUCUUCUUUUCUUUCCAGCAGCAUCUAUUUUCUUAUCAAAACCAAACUUAUUUGGAAAAAGCACUCUCAGUGUCAGCUGCUUUUUGUAUCUGUGCUCUCAACAAAGUAAUUCAACUUUAGUACAACCACUACCCUUGUCAAUACCAUAGGCUGUAUAAUUAAUGGACGUAUUUUCCGAUCUGUUUCUGAAAUGCUGUUUUAAAGCCUAUCGUCGGCGGGUGCCAUAUUGAAAAUGCUGAGUGCAACCUAAAGUCUGUUGAGGUAGUGUGAGAUAAAGAAGGCAAGCCUUUAGACUCUAUGCUAACAGCCAAAGGGUGCCCACUUGUCAGUCAAUUCAGCCAUAUCCUUAAAUGGGCAAAACUCGGAAUCAUAAUAUCUUCUGAACUGCUGCGUAACUAAAAAAUUAACUCACGUACAGUGUGUGCUGAUAGAGCAAUUAGUUAUUCAGACCUAAACCGUUUUAU